AGGGGAGGACAGGAGGUUUCACUGCAUUGGUAGGCUACCGGCAUGACAUUAUAUGAUGGGAAACUUAUAAUUCAGCCCCCUCAGCAGGUCCAGCUUUAUAUCCGAACUUGACUGACAUGGUUCGGACUGAACCGUAUAAAGGGCUUCAGUCCAGUAGUUCUCAGGCCAUUGAACUGAAACUCGGAGUCGUGUGGAUGUUAUAGACACUGUGGAUUUUAGUCUUUGCGUGUCGCAUAUUUGUCUAGAAGAUUUUUAUUUUUUUUUACUUAGAGGACAUAUAGACGUGCUGUUUCAGUUGGAUUGCACAACAGAACAGGAGUUAUGAUACUCAGGAGAAAUCUCUGCUUUCUGCCCUUGCUGUUACUAUGCAUCAGAGCACUACCUCAAGAUGGCCAUGUGGAAGAUGAAUCCAUCUUCGACCUUUUCAAAAUCAGCAGCAUCAGCAGAAAGACGAUUGGUGCCAAGCUCUUCAAGGGCCACGAUUGGGACUCGCCGGCAUACCGCUUCAUCCGCUUUGACCACAUCCCUGCUGUGAACAACCUGGCCCUCCGUCAGAUCCUAAAGCAGGUCCAGAACAAUGAGGGUUUUGUGUUUGUGGCUACCAUGCGACAGGACAAGGGCUCCAGGGGCACCCUGAUUGGUCUGGAGGGUCCCAGUGGGAGGCGUCAAUUUGAGAUUGUGUCCAAUGGACGCGCCAACACGCUGGAUCUGGUCUACAUGGUCGAGGGAUCUCAGAAUGUGGUGUCCUUUGAGGAUGUGGAUUUGUCUGAUUCGCAGUGGAAGAACAUCACGCUGUACGUUCACGGAGAGAAUGCUCACCUGUACAUAGGCUGUAGCCUCAUUGACAGCGUGAUCCUGGACGAGCCUUUCUAUGAGCACCUGCAGCCGGAGAGCAGUCAGAUGUUUGUGGCUAAGGGAUCUAUCAGGGAAAACCACUUCAGGGGUUUACUACAGAAUGUGCAGUUCCUUUUUGACACGCCGAUAGAGAACAUCCUGAGAAACAAAGGUUGUGAGAUCACCAAACCUGAGGAAGUUAACGUGGUUAAUGAGAGUAUAGAGACUGUGUCUGUCAGCACGGCUAUCUCCACCAACUUCAUUGGGCAGAAGGAGAAACUGGCAUCGGACGUGUGCGAGCGUUCCUGUGAAGAGCUCAGCAACAUGGUGCAGGAGCUCAAAGGUCUCCGUAUCAUUGUGGGCAAUCUCAUCGAUGGCUUGCAGAAAGUGACUGAGGAGAACACUGUGAUGAAGGAGGUGCUGGGGAACAUGAAGAACAUCAAAGACAAGCGCAUGUGCUGGCAAGACGGCCGACUCUUUGAGGAUAAGGAGGACUGGGUUGUGGACAGCUGCACCAAGUGUACCUGUCAGGAAUCAAAGAUUGUGUGCCAUCAGAUCACAUGUCCUCCAGUAGCCUGUGCCAGCCCCACUUUCCUAGACGGCGAAUGCUGUCCUGUGUGUCUGCCUAAAGACAGCGAGGACGGCUGGUCGCCUUGGUCUGAAUGGACGGAGUGUACCGUCACAUGUGGAACAGGCACACAGCAAAGAGGCAGGUCAUGUGAUGCCACAAGUAACCCCUGCAGUGGCCCCUCCAUCCAAACCCGCAGAUGCAGCUUGGGAAAAUGCGACAGUCGUGUCCGACAAGAUGGUGGGUGGAGUUUGUGGUCCCCCUGGUCAUCAUGCUCUGUGACAUGUGGAGAGGGACAGAUCACACGAAUUCGCCAUUGCAACGCCCCCGUCCCUCAACUGGGAGGAAAGGACUGUGAGGGCAGCGGUAGAGAGACGCAAAAGUGUGAAGCCAAACCCUGUCCGAUUGAUGGAGCCUGGGGCCCGUGGUCUCCUUGGGCGAUCUGCUCUGCCACCUGUGGUGGAGGAACAAGGACACGAACACGUGUGUGUAACAGCCCUCGUCCGCAGUAUGGUGGCAAGAAAUGCCCAGGAGAGUCCAAGGACACUGAUUCCUGCAAUAAACAGGACUGCCCUGUGGAUGGUUGUCUAUCUAACCCAUGCUUCGGGGGUGUUGAAUGCACCAGCUCCCCUGACGGCUCGUGGGAGUGCGGGCCCUGCCCUGUCGGUUUCCGUGGCAAUGGAACAUUCUGUGAGGAUGUGAAUGAGUGUGACAUGGUCCCUGAUCUGUGCUUCAAAGUCGGUGAAUCCCAGCGCUGCGUUAACACAGACCCAGGAUUCCACUGUUUGCCCUGCCCUCCUCGAUACAAAGGCAAUCAGCCCUUUGGAAUGGGAGUGGAAGCUGCCAAGCUAAAUAAACAGGUAUGUGAGCAAGAAAACCCCUGCAAGGAUAAAACCCACAACUGCCACAGAUCCGCUGAGUGCAUCUACCUUGGCCACUUCAGUGACCCGAUGUUUAAAUGCGAAUGUAAAAUCGGCUAUGCUGGGGACGGUCUCAUUUGCGGCGAGGACUCUGACCUUGAUGGCUGGCCCAAUCAUAACCUGGUGUGUGGAGCCAACCAAUCCUAUCACUGCAAAAAGGACAAUUGUCCCAACCUUCCAAACUCCGGCCAAGAGGACUUUGAUAAAGACGGUCAAGGAGAUGCCUGUGACAAAGACGAUGAUAAUGAUGGAAUCAUGGAUGAGGGGGACAACUGUCCUCUGCUGUAUAACCCCAGGCAAUUUGACUAUGAUAAAGAUCUUGUCGGUGAUCGCUGCGAUAACUGCCCAUAUGAGCACAACCCCGCUCAGAUCGACACAGACGGUAAUGGCGAGGGAGAUGCCUGCUCCGCAGACAUCGAUGGAGACGAGGUUUUGAAUGAGCAUGAUAACUGCCCCUACGUGUACAACAAUGACCAGAAGGACACAGAUAUGGAUGGCGUGGGUGACCAGUGUGAUAACUGCCCUCUGCUGCACAACCCUGACCAGUCUGACUCAGAUAAUGACCGAGUUGGUGACGAGUGCGACAACAAUCAGGACAUUGAUGAGGACGGCCACCAGAACAGCCUGGACAAUUGUCCCUACAUCCCCAACGCCAACCAGGCCGACCAUGACAAAGAUGGGAAAGGAGAUGCUUGUGAUUUUGACGACGAUGAUGAUGGAAUCCCUGAUGACAAGGACAACUGCAGACUGGUGCCCAACAAAGAUCAGCUAGACUCUGAUGGGGAUGGAAGAGGCGAUGCUUGCAAAGAUGAUUUUGACAAUGACAACAUUCCAGACUAUUUGGAUGUGUGCCCUGAGAACAACGCCAUCAGUAUCACUGACUUCCGCAAGUUUCAGAUGGUGCAUUUGGACCCCAAAGGAACAACGCAAAUUGAUCCCAACUGGGUGGUCAGACAUCAGGGGAAAGAGUUGGUUCAGACUGCUAAUUCUGACCCUGGUAUUGCUGUGGGUUUCGAUGAGUUCAACUCUGUGGACUUCAGUGGCACUUUCUAUGUCAACACUGACAGAGAUGACGAUUAUGCUGGGUUUGUGUUUGGCUAUCAGUCCAGCGGGCGAUUCUACGUGGUAAUGUGGAAGCAGAUAACUCAGACUUACUGGGAAGACAAACCUUCAAAAGCCUUUGGCAUCUCAGGGGUUUCUCUGAAAGUGGUCAACUCUACCACGGGCACAGGGGAGCACCUGCGUAACGCCCUGUGGCACACUGGGGACACUCCAGGACAGGUUCGCACACUGUGGCAUGACCCUAAAAAUAUCGGCUGGAAGGAUUAUACCGCCUACAGGUGGCAUCUCAUCCACAGACCCAAGACAGGAUUCAUAAGAGUGGUGGUUUAUGAGGGGAAGCAGAUCAUGGCAGACUCAGGGCCAGUUUAUGAUCAAACAUUUGCUGGAGGGAGAUUAGGACUGUUCGUGUUCUCCCAGGAACUGGUUUACUUCUCUGAUCUCAAGUACGAGUGUCGAGAUAACUGAGCAAGAGAAGAAAUGACCCGCCUUAAAAGACUGUAUCUCAACAACACAUUUUCACUCUCUGACAAAACACAGAAGACCAAAGACAGAAGGAAACGGACCCCAAACCUCUUCCUGAGGAGAAAUGAUGAACUUAAACUACAAGCAAAUUUAUAAGGAUUUUUUUUUUUGUAUAGAUGUUUUUUUUUGUGUCCUCAAGUCAGUCUUUGUUAGCCAGAGUUUGGGUAAUGUCAAUCAGACAUUACGUGUGUGGUACUUUUUUUUGUUUUUUACAAAAUGUAACAAAAUCUACAGGAAAAACAAUCACAAACCUUUGUCUGAUGUCUUUAUCACCAACUGCUUUACUUGCACAAGAUUUUUUUUUUUUUACUUCCUCUGUAUUGUUACAAUGUGCAGAACUUUUCUUCUUUGGAUUUUUUCUUGUAAUGGAGACAUCUUUUUCUACAACCCUCGAUUCUAACAGGGGCUUUGGGUUUGAUCAGCAUAUAAAUGUUUUAGAGACCUUUGAGAUGAAGAUGUUUAUAUUAAGACUGUAUCAUAAUUACUUGUGUAAAGUAUUUAUAUGACUCUUGCAAUUCAGUAUCAAGUUAUGUCUAGCUUUUUUUGCAAUGCUUUCAGAACCUAGACAUUGUAAAUACUAAUUUAUUUGUUUACACUGACAAAAUUUGACUAUUGCAGAAAUAAAGAUUACAUCUUUUUGCUGCGCUUCUAUACAUCCAUAACCCAACUCCAUGCCUAUGCAGUUUCUCAUUCGUUACUUGAUAAAAGUGUUUUUUCAAAUGUGAGUAUGAGUGUGCUGUUAUUUCGUUUCAUUUUUUAACACAAAUUUGCUGGUCUUUAACCACUUUUUCUUUCAUUUCUUAUGUUUUGUCUGUAUAUUAAAGAAACUGUCAUGGAGUGCACAAGACAUAAGAAAAAAAAAUGUUUGUAUCAGAGAAACAGAGACUCUCAUACAUGAUAAAUUGUCAUUCAUCGUCCAGAUCUUUUUGAGCCUAAAUAUUCAUGUUUUGUCUUUUUGUUUUUAAAAUGAUUUUAUUUUCAUAACAAUUUUUCAUAUUUUGUAAAAAAAAGUGCCUUUGAUUUUUCUGCCACAUCCCCAGAAAACCUUGUAAAGCUUUCUAAUAUUGUUAUUCUCACAGUUGUCACUUUUUUUUCUAUAAUAAAAGGUUUACACAUA